UACAGCGUAAAGUCGUAAAAGUAUAAUGGGAAAAAUAUUUCUUGACCACAUUGGAGGAACUCGGCUGUUUCUUUGUGCUGCUUGUGAUGUCGUCCUUACAAAUCGAUCAGAGCUUAUAAGUACAAGAUUCACUGGAGCUACAGGCCGUGCAUUUCUGUUCCACAAAGUAGUAAAUCUAAUUUAUUCUGAGGUGCAAGAUCGUGUUAUGUUAACUGGUAGGCAUAUGGUGCGAGAUGUAUCUUGCAAAAACUGUUGCACUAAACUUGGCUGGGUGUACGAGUUUGCUACUGAAGAGAACCAACGCUACAAAGAGGGCAGAGUUAUUUUAGAAAGAGCCCUAGUAAAUGAAGCUGAAGGUUUUGAGGAGAUUCCUGUAAAUAAUGAUGAUUAAAUAGCCCAUACAAAUUCUAUUCUCUUGCAUUUUCAAAUAUCAGAUGGUUAAUUUAUGUUUUGUACUUUUAAACCAUAAGAAUAUGUAGGUAUUGGUAGAAUUUAAAAUUUUGUGAUAACUAAUCUUAGGUAUUAUAUUCUCUAACAGUAGUAAAAAUAUUUAAUUUAUAAUUUUUAAUCAAUAAAAUGAAAUUUUAGUAUUUUAAUUCUAUGUACGAUCUCUUAAAUAAACAAAUACUAAACCCA